AUGCAGACGACUCGUACAAAUCUGGCGCGUUCAAAGACCAGCGAUCCAGUUCUUACGCGCAGCGAUACCAUUUCCUCCCACCAUGCCUUCCACUCUACCACUGUCCCGCUGUCUGAGCGCGACAGCAUCUUUGCCACGAGCUACCAGGGCGACACUCCCGUAACUUCCCCCCAGCAGCCACGCAAGGAUCCGCCGACCGAGAGGGCCGGCUUGAUAUCGCAGGCUCUGCAACGCCAUCAAUUGCAAAGAGAACAGUAUACCGAGGACGUUAGCCAUCUCAACGAGCAACCGCUCCAAUCCCGGGGCGACUUAGCAACACCGACACACCACCAAGAACAAAGCUUGGAUCCCGAUCAGAGCUCGCUCGACCGCGACGCUGCCAUGUCGGCUUCGUCGCUCUCACCCAUGCGGACGAGCAUGACCGAUCUGUCCAUGCUUUUCCAUACACUUCCGCACACCGACCUGAACCGUCUUCCUUACCCGCUCACGUCCAAAUCCAAUCGACACUCGCUCUACGAUCCCCAGCUUUCAUCAGCCCUCGAACGACCCAUCACACCAACUAGCUCCCACAAACCCGAUUUGCCUACGGGAACGGCAGUCGAAGACCUCCAAUCUAGUGCUCACCGUUCAUCCUACAGAGCCUGGCGUCAAGGCAAAGGCCGCAUGGCUGGAAAAUCCAUCGCCGAAUCACAGGGCAGGAACCUCAAUUCGGAAGAUAACGAUGUAGACCGCAAGAUUGAUGCCAAAAUGCCCAAGAUUGAUCAAGGCCUCAACGUGCGCAGCAGGAAGACCAGUCACUACCUCGGUCUCUUCAAGGACCACGACUCUGAACACGAAAAGCGCCGCGACAAGAAAGACAAGGAAAAGCAUACGGAGGAGCCACAGGAGAAGGACCAACAAGUGCUAUCCGCCAUUAACGAAUAUAAUGACCAUACCGCCAAAGGUAUGCCCGUACUACCUUCCGCUCUUGUGUGCUGUACAUCUAACCGUGUACUAGAAAUGCCUCCAUCCAUUGCUGUGGAUGACGGCCUAUCCGCGGAGCCAGCAGCCGACGCUGAUAGCCAAGAUGUUGCCAGCAUGCCUGUGCUUACACCAAGCACUUUUGAAGCAGAAGCUGAGCAGAAGCCCUUGACUACCAACAAUGCCGAAGGCCGUAUUGCACAUCAAAUCCCGCCUAGCCUGCUUGAAGAAAUCCGCAAUCACCACAUCAUUCUAGAUCCUUCGAACAGCAAAGCCUUGCCUGAGAACACACCCGUCUCCGAGUCAUCCGAGAAGGCACGGCUGCUCCAACAAGAAGUAACAAAGGAGGUUGAGGAUGAAGAGUCAGAUCAGGAACAGAUUUCUUCAGCGCAGUACAUCCCCCAUCGUGGCAAGUCUACACGUACUGCGGCUGCGCUGCCCUUAUCCACAUCUUUCACUCAAGAUGAGGAGAAGGAGGUUGUGAUCUCACCGCCUCAGCUUGAGCACCGUAUUCACCCUCCUUUAAAGGAAUCUCUUGAGAGUGGCGUCGAUGUUCCGCAGAGUAACGUUGAGAUUGCGUUGCUGUCAGAAGACGAGAGUCAAGUAUUGCAUGGUGAAAUUCCAUUCUCCGACUACCGUCAUUCCAACGUGAUUCCUGCCAUCCAACCUUCAGAGUCCGAUUAUGACACAGAAUCCUCGGUUUACUCCCUCGAUCGAGAUGACGAAGAAGACGUCACUCCAACUCCUACUCCCACUAACAAGAGCGCCUUCCCCAAGCGUCCUUCGGCAAACAGACAGCCAUCCGAUGCCCAACCACAACCUCCGCCACUCGGUGCUGUCGAACUAAAGCCCUACAACCAUCAAGUAGGAGGCCACAGCACUGUGUACAGUUUCUCCCGUCAGGCUGUUUGCAAGCAGCUGAACAGUAAAGAGAAUGAAUUCUACGAAACCGUCGAACAAUACCAUCCGGAUUUACUUGACUUUCUCCCCAGGUACAUUGGCGUCCUCAAUGUUACUUACAAAAAGCCAAACAAGAAGAAGAAGGACAACCUUGAUAAAUCAAAAUCUCCCGACAUGCAGCCUCAGGAUUUGCAAUCUCCCAAGAAAAGCUCUACGGUGCCCGAGGAGAAGAAGGAGGACGCGCCUCGUAUUGUCAGCCAUUCCCAGUCGCAAUCCAAUGCUGUGCCGGAGGUCAGUCUGAUCAACAAUCAGCAUAUCCUGCCAGACUUCUUGAAGCGCACCUUACCUCAAAGACCUGCCACAGCCAUUCCUGCUCAUAUCAGCCAGCCCAGUCGACAGACUCGUCCUCACUCUAUUAGCGAGAUGAUGAGCGACCGCCGCCCCUCUUACUCUCCUGAAACAAGCCACAGUCACCAAGAUCGUCCACCUUUGCGUCAGCAGGCCAGCUGGGGCGCGACUAGUGUUAACCAAGAUCUGAAGCUCCAGGUCUUCCGUGAUGUGUUCUCGCCUCCUGUCAUUCAUCGCCACGAUCGACGAACUAGAAGUCAUCAUGGUCGGAACAUUAGAAGGAUCCAACAGCGUGAAUCGAUGCCUUCAUUACCAGAUGCCGGCAUGGCGAGCAACCCUCAGACUAUGAGCUUACACGAACGUCGCAACAGUGCCGACGUGUCAGCCAUACAACCACCUUCUUCGCCUGCCGACGCCACACGCAGACUAGCGAUCAAAAACCAUCGGGAGCUCAAGUCUCCGCAUAAUAGCGUGCAAUCUCUUGAGAAUUACAUGAUCAGUCCCCGUAAAGAGCAACCCACCAGCUGCGAAAGCAGGAGCAUGGAAAACACAGAAGCAGAUAACCCUCUACUGCAGGCCUAUAAGACUCCUAGACGUCGUCACUCUGGAAGUGGUCUGCGUAGAAAGAAGGCCGAUAUAGAUGGAUCUCGCGGAGACCUUGAGUACCACGAGGAUGAGGGAUAUCGUGGUGAUGGCGAGGAUGUCUUUGCGAUGGAUGACCUUGAAGGAUCUCCGACCAAGGCAAGCGAGCACACCGCCGCACCUGAUGUUCUCCAAAGCGCUCCCGACUUCAAGGUCAACCCAGCCUCGAAUGUUCCAGUCCUAGGCAAUUCGAUUGACUUGAAUGAUGUACCUCGCACCCCUGACCAAGGCGUCGAGGACCCCGGACGUAUCGCGCAUUUCAUCCUCUUGGAAGACCUCACAGCUGGCAUGGUACAUCCAUGCGUACUCGAUCUCAAAAUGGGCACUCGUCAAUACGGUAUUUUUGCCAACGAAAAGAAGCAAAAGUCUCAAGGACGCAAGUGCAAAAUGACUACUUCCCGCGAGCUAGGCGUCCGUGUGUGUGGUAUGCAAGUUUGGAACGUCAAGACCCAAUCCAACAUCUUCGAAGACAAAUACUUCGGCCGAGAUCUCAAGGCAGGUAGUGAGUUCCAAGCUGCGCUGACACGGUUUUUCUUCGAUGGAGUCAGCCAUGGCAGAGCACUCAAACACAUCCCUGUUGUUCUGGAAAAAAUCACUCAGCUCGAACGCAUUGUGCGGAAGUUGCCUGGAUAUCGUCUGUAUGCAAGCUCACUUCUCAUGAUCUAUGACCGCGGUGAUGUGGACGAACAGGGCAAACCCCGUCAACCUCCAUCGCAUCAGAACGAUGGUGAGAAUGGGACAAAUUCACCCACCUCAAACAGCCAAAUCUUGCUCAAGAUUGUCGACUUUGCCAACUGUGUAACAGCCGAGGAUGUUGAGACCAAGGCAUCAGCCAGUUGCCCACCACGAGAUCCUGACGGUGUUGACAGGGGAUAUCUUCGUGGAUUGCGCUCCUUGCGACUGUACUUCCAGCGCAUCUACGAAGAGUUGAGUGCAGAGAAGGGUGGUUAUGUUGAAAGAGGUGAAGGUGAGGGCAUGGCUACUCAAUCUAAUGGUGGUGCUGGGAUUGGUGGAGGCGCUGGCUUGGAUGCCCAGAGCAGCUGGGCAUGGAGCGAUGCAUUAGUUGAAGAGGAUCCAGGUGAGGUCAGUGUAUGA